UAUUUGCCCUAGCCGAUCUCGUUUCAUUUGUUCUCUGUAUAGCCCCAGCCGCUACUUCGUGCGUUUCCAUAGCUCCGCUCUGCCGGCGUCCGAAGGUUGAAGCUCGAUUGCUCUAAGGAAAAACCGGUAUUUUUAGGGUAAGCUAGAGUACCCUUCGUCUGAGGUAGAAGGCUGCGAGGAGCUUGAUCAACGUUGGAAUCUCGGAGUAUCAAUGGGCAUUUUUAGGUUUCAUCAAUACCAAGUGGUUGGCCGUGCCCUUCCAACCCCAAGCGAUGAGCAUCCAAAGAUUCAUCGCAUGAAGUUAUGGGCUACUAAUGAAGUCAGGGCAAAAUCCAAGUUCUGGUACUUCCUGAGAAAACUAAAGAAGGUGAAGAAAAGUAACGGCCAAGUCCUUGCUAUCAACGAGAUAUUUGAGAAAUAUCCAACCAAGAUCAAGAACUAUGGCAUCUGGCUCCGUUACCAGAGCAGGACUGGCUACCACAACAUGUACAAGGAGUACAGGGACACCACAUUAAAUGGCGCAGUCGAACACAUGUACAAUGAGAUGGCUUCUCGUCAUCGUGUUCGCUUCCCAUGCAUUCAAAUCAUCAAGACUGCAACCAUUCCCUCUAAGCUCUGCAAACGGGAGAGUACCAAACAAUUCCAUGACUCAAAGAUCAAAUUCCCUCUUGUGUUCAAGAAGGUUAGGCCACCAUCCAGGAAGCUCAAGACUACCUUCAAGGCAUCCAGACCCAAUCUCUUCAUGUAAAAGAAGCCAUGAUUGCUUUUUUUGCAUGAAGUUUACUAUUACUAGGUUAUGCUUGAGCGUUAAUUUUGUUGGAUUUUGCUAAUUUUGUUACCCCAAACUUUGCAAUCUGAUCUGUGUUAUUGUUUUUGAAUCACUUUGCUGUAGUUUGAAUGUUUGGUAUUGGAACCAUGAAUU